AAUGACCUUCUAAACCUAUUUGCAUAUCCAUUUGCAGACCAAGGUGCGAUUGCUGGUAUAUAUGAGAGUAGUUUUUAUUGAGAGUCGGAUGUCAUGCAGGGUUCUCUGAAAAAAGUUAGCAUAGACAUACAGUGCACGCCGUCUUCUAAAGAAAAUCAUGGGCUAUUGUCACCGCCUUAGCGUGAACACUGGGUUUUUACAGCGCUUGUAAAUAAGGAAAGUAUGGGACGCUCUGAAAUAUAGUAUUAUCCUUUUUUGGUGGAGUAUUAAAGUUUGGCAUUGAGUCUCAAUCGAGGACUCUAAACGUGGAGUUGGAGGCCCUGUUGAGAGGUGUUGUGAUUUCCAAGCAAGGCAUGUCCAUCUACAGCCAAGUGGAGCCCUUGUAGAAGGACACUUUGUGGCGUUUACCUUCAGAUUGGGUUGUAGCCAUCAAAGAAGCAGUUUGGAACUUUGGAGAUACUACCAGCCCAACAUAAGGCUAUUUUGACAGUCUUUUAUUAGCUGCUGGGAAGGAUGAAGAGUUGGCUCGACUUCAAAGAACUUGCAAGAGUUUGAGCAACAAAAAUCGACAACUCCUGUAGCUGAAUAUUUGAUUUUAUCAGUAGGGUUUGUAUAUAAAAUAGGGACAUUUAACUGAAGGAUUAUUGCAGAGGUUGUAAUGCUGUUGAGCUGCGACGUGUUCUUUCACAGGUCAAUAGAAGUUCAAUACUGAAUGAAUAUCAUGCAGAAUAUUCAGAUUGGACUAUGAAAGCUUCAGAUGUAUUAAGUUUUUGUGACAGCAGAAAUACGAAGAGUCCUGACAGCAGAAAUAAGAAGACAUCACCUGAGACAUACACCAUCAGAAAAUUCAUCGGCCAAUAUGCCUUCUGUGCCAGCUUCACCUUUCAACAACAGCUCUGCCAUUUCCAGAAACUUGAAGCGAAAGGGUGAAGAUGACUCUUUUAUAAGAAAGCAAAGGAUCUUGAAACAGAGGCGCUCAUUACCCAUUGCUUCCGCUGAGAAGAGACUGGUGGAUGAAGUGAGAAAGAACCACACACUUGUUGUAGUCGGAGAAACAGGCAGUGGGAAAACAACUCAAUUGCCACAAUUCUUGUUCAAUGCUGGUUUUUGUCAUGGUGGGAAGGUCAUUGGGGUUACUCAACCUCGGCGAGUUGCUGCUGUUACAGUUGCCACAAGAGUGGCUGAGGAAGCUUCUGUCAAGUUGGGUGAGGAGGUUGGAUAUUCAAUCAGGUUCGAAGAUGCAACAUCUAGAACAACCAGGAUCAAGUACAUGACAGAUGGCAUGUUGCUGAGGGAAGCUUUGCUGGACCCACUUCUUCUUAAGUAUUCUGUAAUCAUUGUAGAUGAGGCACAUGAGAGAACAGUACACACGGAUGUGCUAUUAGGCCUGUUGAAAGAUGUACAAAAGAGAAGAUCUCUUUCAGUUGGUAGGAAAAAUGAUCAUAUGGAAAAAGAAAAUGAAGACUUUAAACAAUCAAUGCAAGAAAAUAGAGACAACUUGAAUGAAAAUGAUAGUUCAGUUAUGAAAAGGUGCAAGUUACCUUCGGAUGCAAAAGUGGAUCCCUUAAAAUUGGUAGUCAUGUCUGCAACUUUGGAUGCUAGGGUUUUUUCUGAAUAUUUUGAUGGUGCAAAAGCUGUUUACAUUCAAGGACGACAGUUUCCUGUAGAAAUCAUGUAUACAUACACUGUAGAGCCAGACUAUCUUGAUGCAUCAUUGGUCACUGUCUUUCAGAUUCACAUGGAGGAGGCACCAGGGGAUAUUCUUGUAUUCUUGACUGGGCAAGAAGAAAUUGAGUCCAUGGAGAGACUUCUUCGAGAACGUGCUGAACACUUGCCUGAAAACAUGCAAAAAAUUUUGGUUGUACCUAUAUAUGCAGCUCUUCCCUGUGAGCAGCAAAUGCAAGUUUUUAAACCAGCCCCUGUUGGUUUUCGCAAGGUUAUCCUGGCAACAAAUAUUGCUGAGACUUCAGUGACAAUUCCUGGAAUCCGAUAUGUGAUAGAUCCAGGAUUGGUAAAAGCACGUGCAUAUGAUCCUCGUAUAGGAAUGGAAUCAUUGGUUGUGAUACCCAUUUCAAAAGCUCAAGCUCUUCAAAGGAGUGGGCGUGCAGGGCGAGAAGGACCAGGAAAAUGUUUUUGUCUCUAUACUGAGGAAGAGUUUGGAAAACUUGCAGACUCAACUGUCCCUGAAAUAAAGCGCUGCAAUCUUUCCAAUGUUGUACUCCAGCUGAAGGCCUUGGGAAUCAAUGACGUGAUUGGAUUUGACUUUAUGGAUAAACCUUCCAAGACUGCAAUUGUGAAAUCACUGGAGCAUUUGCAUGCCCUUGGAGCUUUGACAGAUGAAGGCAAAUUAUCAGAUCCCGUUGGUUUGCAAAUGGCUCGGUUGCCUCUCGAGCCUCUUUAUGCAAAAGCUAUUCUUGUUUCUUGUACAUUUAAAUGUUCAGAAGAAAUGUUAACAGCUGUUGCCUUGCUUUCAGUUGAGUCUAUAUUUUAUACACCCCGUGAAAAGAUGAAAGAGGCAAAGGCAGCUCGACAACGCUUCUGCAGUCCAGAUGGAGAUCAUAUCACUUUAGUGAAUAUAUAUAAGGCUUGUUUGGAGGAGGUUCAGAAAACCAAGGAUACAAAUCAUGAUGAUUACAAAGUCAGUACCCUCAACAAAAAUAUCCAAAAGUGGUGCAGGUCAAACUUUGUGAAUGGUCGUUCUUUCAGUCAUGCCAUGAAUAUCCACAGGCAAUUAAAAGGAUAUGUGCAAAAAAUGGGAUUGCCUAUAAUUUCAUGUGAAGAAGAUUGGAUGCAAUUUCGUAGAUGCCUUUGUGCUUCUUUUUUCCUUAAUGCAGCUUGUAAGCAGCCCGAUGGAACAUAUAGAGCUAUGGCAAAUGGCCAAAUUGUUUCAAUUCAUCCCUCUUCUGUUUUGUCUGGGACAAAGCCAGACUGUCUUAUUUUCAAUGAAUUAGUUCGCACUAAUCGGAAUUAUAUUCGCAAUAUUACACGAAUUGAUGCACCUUGGUUGCCAGAACUUGCUCCUCAGUUCUAUGCAUCUAGAGAUGGAUGCUGACUGCUGCAUCAACCAGAGUAGAGGGCUGCACAUUCGGAGUUAAAAGUCUGAAUCUUCCAAGUUGUCAAGGACUUAAACUGCACCCAUUGUAAAGCAGAUUCUAUCAAUUUCCAGUUUUGGUAGCUGUUAUAGUCUUUAAUUUGAUAACAAAAAAAUUCAAAUAUCUUGGAUGCACAGCAUCCAUCAUUCCAUCAUUUGCCAUGCAGGAAUGCAAGCAUUUUGAUACAAAUAUGAGGGAGCAUAAAUUGAAGGAGAAAAUCUUAGUUUCUUGCAACUUUGAAACUCUUUCAUACCACUUAUGACAGCACAUCCAGUGAGAUUUGAGUAAUUUUUGGCAAAGAUGCAGUGCUGAUUGGCACAUUUAUGUUCAUGGGUGGAAUUUCAAGGGUAUAGUGGAUUCUUUGCGGCUUCUAUUUAUUAUAUUCUACACAAGUUAUAUAUAAAUGUAUAUUAAAUGGAAACCUAAAGAAAGUGAAGAUGGGCAUGAAUUGAUCAAGGAGAAACCCAGGUUCAACAAAGGGUUCAAGAGCAAGGGAAUUGGCACCCAUUCGCACAUACCAGACCCUUGUUUGUAUGGGCCUUUUGAAGACCCUUUAAUGCUUAAUAAUGCACGUGGAUCUAAAUAUUUGUGGUCAUUACAAGUUGACUAGUCAGAGAAAAUGUUUUGGUCAUAAGGGUAUGCAUUAUAUUACUUUUUCAUGACUCCAACAGUCUAUAUGUUAUAUUAUUGAAUAUACAUGAUUUCAUUGAGUUAAACAACCAAUUCCUGUUAGCAAAGCA